CUUCCCAAAUGAGGAGUUGUAUCAAGCAAGCAGAGUUCUGAUCUCAUGCUGCGCAAUGCAAUGCUGAUUUUUUUCCUCUAUGCUUAUUUUGGUUAAUUGUGCAGUUGUGGAGAGAAGCGGGUUAGGAACCUUCUUUUCUAAGAGACUUGGCUUAGAGUUUAUGGGUGGCAAAAGUUCCAAGGAGGAGGGUUGGGAGCGAGGUUCAUCUUAUCGUUCAACUUCGUCUUCGUCGUGGAGCUCAUAUCCUCAAUCAUCUUACGACGGAAGUCAGCCUUAUGAGCCUCAACAGUCUUAUUCUACGCAGCAAUAUUACAUCCCUCCUCCACAAAACUAUGGUCAUGAACCUUAUGCUACAGGUAGAGUGGCUGGCGACAACCGGAACAAGUUCGAGAGGAUGUACUCUAGGAUCGCUGAUAAUUAUAAUUCCGUGGAGGAGGUAACCGAAGCUCUUGCCUGUGCAGGCCUUGAGUCUUCCAAUCUUAUUGUUGGUAUCGAUUUCACCAAGAGCAAUGAGUGGACAGGAAAGCAAUCAUUUAACAGAAGAAGCUUGCAUCACAUUGGGACUGAUCUAAAUCCCUAUGAACAGGCAAUAUCCAUCAUUGGCAAGACCUUGGCAGCAUUUGAUGAGGAUAAUUUGAUUCCUUGUUUUGGAUUUGGAGAUGCAUCGACCCAUGAUCAAGACGUCUUCAGUUUCUAUUCAGAUGAAAGAUUUUGUAAUGGAUUUGAAGAAGUGUUGAGUCGGUAUAGGGACAUUGUUCCUCAGCUUCGACUUGCUGGUCCUACUUCAUUUGCACCAGUAAUUGAAAUGGCCAUGACCAUUGUUGAGCAGAGUGGUGGCCAAUACCAUGUUUUGGUGAUAAUUGCAGAUGGCCAGGUAACAAGAAGUGUUGAUCUUGAACAAGGCAAGCUAAGUCCACAGGAGCAGAAGACUGUGGAUGCCAUUGUUGAAGCCAGCAAAUUUCCCCUUUCAAUCAUAUUGGUUGGAGUUGGAGAUGGGCCAUGGGACAUGAUGAAGGAGUUUGAUGAUAAUAUUCCAGCUCGGGCCUUUGAUAACUUUCAGUUUGUGAAUUUCACAGAGAUUAUGUCAAAGAACAUUCCCCCAUCACGAAAAGAGGCAGCGUUUGCUCUUGCAGCAUUGAUGGAGAUUCCCUCGCAGUACAAGGCAGCUUUAGAACUUAAUCUGCUGGGCAAUAUUCAGAGAAACAAUGCUCCUCGGAGAGUUCCCCUCCCACCACCCACGUAUGGUUCUGCAUCUUUGGGCGCUUCAAAGCCUUCUCAUCCUGCUAGUUUUGAGCCUAGUGUUCCCCCUUAUCGGGACAACAUCUCAGUGGGUACAGCUCCUCCUGCUUCGAGCUCCACUUAUGACAAUCAGCUUUGUCCCAUAUGUCUGAGCAACCCAAAGGACAUGGCCUUUGGAUGCGGUCAUCAGACGUGUUGUGAAUGUGGAUCAGAUCUUCAAACGUGCCCCAUCUGUAGGAGCCCUAUCAGUACCCGAAUAAAGCUUUACUAAAGGCGGAUCUAGGCCUUAGGCUCAAUCGUGUUACCCAAAAUUCUUUGUAUUCUUUUUAGAUAUUCAUUUUUUAUUAUUUGAUUUGGUUGUUCAUGGAACGUAGUUGUGUUGUGUGAUUACUGGUUAAUGUAGUCAAUUUGAUCUAGCAAGAUAAGACUUGUCGUUGUUCGAAUAUCAGUUCCUAGGGAUCAAAAGUGGAAGUUACAAUCUUGUACAGCAGCAUAUUUUAUUGCUUGAUUCAUGCAAUCGAUUUUAUCUAGCAAGAUAAGACUUGUUGUCGAUGCAUUUGAAUAUUGGUUCUUAGGGAUCAAAAGUGGAAGUUGCAAUCU